AAUGUAAAGCAGUUAUGUUGGUGUCCGAUGAGUCUCUUAUCGCUCAUCGUACACGUUCAAAGUUUAGAAACAAAAAUGAAUCUGUGGUUGUUGAUAAGUUUAUGGCUGCUGAAACCACAUCUGUUAGCCGUAAACGUUCUACAUUGAAAAGGUCGAAAACAAUUUCAACCAUUGAGUUCACCAAAGUCGCCGAGAACAGAAUGCGUUUACCGUCUGCUAUUUCCGAUGAGUUGUCUCUUUCUUUUCACAACCUCCGUGAUGUUUCAAUCCAAAACAUUAGAUGUGAGGUAACAAACAUGAAGACGAUAGCGGAAAAGAAUGGAGAUGGUUACAGGUAUGGUUUUUCCAAGUGGUCGGCUUUCUUGAAAUCAAAUCAAAUACACAUGGCGCUACUCUUUUCUUUAAAUAUGUCAAGUCUUCGCAGCUUUUGAUUUUGACCAAAUUUGUA